AUCAUCUCUCAAUCAGAGACUUAUACCCUGAUCACUAUCAUACCAGAGACGAAUCAAAAGAAGUUAAACAAUUUCAGAUCCUAGCAGAUUAUGAUUCUAUUGGUAAACUUCUACGUGGUGAAACCGAAGCAGAUGUUGGGAAUGAACCAAUAGUAAUCUAUGAAAGGAGUCCAGGAUGUGUAAAUACUUUCAACCGAGUAUAUCAUAUACCCACAUUUUCAUUGGACAGUUUCUAUAAAUUACAUGAUUCGAAAUAUCUAGAUAUACAUAUAUCUCCUGAAGAUAAUGAGUAUGCAUUCAUGAUAUCCAAUAAGCAUAGAUCAGAGUCCCUCAAAGUUAAAGAAACCUACCAACAAACAUAUAAGUUAUACGAAAUGUACUCACAUCUAGAAUAUCCUAACAAGGUAAUCAUAAAAAAUGACUUUUGUGAGAAAUCACCAGAUUUUUUUACCAGAGGAUUAAUAUCAGCUAUUGAAAAUCACAAGAUAUUAAAACAAUUGGUUGAACACGCCAAAAUAUACAAG